AUGAGGGCCAAACGUUCCAAGAAGUACCGUAAGCUCAUGCACCAGUAUGAGCUUACUUUCGGAUUCCGUGAACCCUACCAAGUCCUCGUGGACUCGAACCUCCUACGUGCUGUACACUCAUUCAAGAUGGAACUGAUUCCUGCGCUGGAGCGCACUCUUCAAGGAAAAGUCAAGCCUUUAUUGACAAAAUGUUCCCUGGAAACCCUCAUGGCCGGUCAACCUCUCCACCCACGAACCAACAACCCCAUGCGUCCGGAGUGUCUCCCCCCGCCCACGACACUGCCAUUGCGUCACUGCUCGCAUAACGAAGAUUCCACGCCCAUCGACGAAACCGAAUGUCUGCUCUCGCUUCUGUCGCCGAGCACCGACGCCAAAAAGAACAAAGAACAUUACAUCCUCGCCACGGCCGAUCCCCCGGGUGCCGAGAAAGCCGCUGCCGCUGCCGCCAGCGCGAAUGCCAAUAAGGGUGGUGCUGGGCAGAAGAGAAAGCGCGGCCCCGAUCAAGGCGAAGUCUCCUUGCGAAAGGCCCAGUCGCUGCGGAGACAAGCGCGGAGUAUCCCUGGUGUGCCGAUCGUGUAUGUCAAGCGGUCGGUGAUGAUUUUGGAGCCGAUGAGUAUGCCGUCGGAUGAGAUCCGGGAGGGUGUCGAGAAGGGCAAGUUCCGGGUUGGGUUGACUGAUGAGACAAUCAAUAAGAAGAAGCGAGAAGGCGCGGCAGAGGCAAAGGAUGCGAAGAAAAAGCCGGGGUUCAAGAAAGCCAAGGGUCCUAAUCCGUUGAGUGUCAAGAAGCCGAAGAAGAAGGUUGCUGAGACCGCUGGCUCGACGAAGCAGAGGCCGGCGAAGGAGGAAGGGCAAUCGAAGCACGACAGUGGGGACGAGGGCCCUGGUGGUGCGGAUGGCGAUUCGGCUCCGAAGCCGAAGAGGAGACGGCGUCACCACAAAGGAGCGCGGCGAGAAGGUGAUGACGGUGAACAGGCACCGUCGCUCGGGGCUGAGGCUGUGGCCUCGGUAGAUGUGAUGGAGGAAUGA